AUGGCUUCUAGGAGCGACCUGCAGACAAUUGGCGGAGCUGCAGCAGGCGGAUGGAGACAUUCGGUGGACAAUAUUUGGCUCCCAAGCGGCGGCAUAAGCCCAUAUACUCAACUGAAUGGCCCCUCAAGUUCACCGACUACCGACGGGCUUGGUAUCUUGGCCAGAGGUGUUGGAAGAGGGCGGGUUGCCGACAAUAACCGAUCGGAUGUCGGGAUGGAACUGUUUGAUAUGGCCGCCUGCUUCCGUUCACCAUGUCAACGUUAUUGCUUCAUAAAGCUGUUCAUGGCAAGGAGGAGUUAUCUAUCGAACGACAUCAGACAGGCAAACUCCGAAGCGGCUUUGUUGUUGGCUGAUAUUGAGAGUGGGAUCAAAAGGCGUGCAACCUUGAAACUGCCCACUAAAAACUUCAACAGGUUACAUUGCGAGGAUGCAUUUGCUGAGAUGAGAUCCCAACAUGUCCGCAAGGAUACCCAAGAAAUUGUAGUGAUAGAGGGUGAUGGAGUGAAAGAACCCGGGUCCGCAUUACGUCACGUGGGAGUCCACCCCACCUUCCUAGGUGAGUAUCAACUCGAAGGGCUCCACACAGGGAAUGUGACGUUCCAGCAGGAGGGUCAACGGAAGAUAUUCACACGGAUUACAUUCGGUACUGUGAGAAACCUGGUUUAG